AUGGAGACAGGGAAUCAGAUAUCCGCAUUAAUAUUUGAAAGAGCCGGCUGAAAGAAAGUGUCAUUCAAUAUGCUAGCAAGUCAGUUUUUGAUAUGCCUUCCUAUUGUUGCAGGAGGUGUUUUCAGCACUCUUCUCGCAAAUAAAGGCCAUAGUGUCCCGAUGCUCCAGCUCACACUGCUCUAUCUUUUCCUUUGCUUAUGGUUGGGAAAGUAUCUGCUUGGGCCAAGGAAUCUUAGAUUAAAGCAAAUAUUGAUGAUCUCUGUUACAGGAAUCUUGGAUUGACAUGCUAAUUUUAUGAUAGUGAAAGCCUAUUCUCAUACAACUAUUACAAGUGUUAUGAUUCUAAUGGUAUUUACGGUACCAUCUGCUGCUUUGUUAUCAAUGCUAUUUUUGAGGGUCAAAUACAGCUGGCUCCAUCUUGCUAGUUGCGCCCUCAGUAUAGUCACUGUCAUGGUUGUUGUUAUCUGAGAUAUCUUUGAAUACAGACAUACGGAGAGAAAAGGAAAAGCAAGUAUCGUAUUUGGAGAUCUCUUGUGAGUGGUUGGUGUGUUUCUCCUAGCCUCUACUAAUGUAUACCAAGAGUGGCUAAUCCAAAAAGAUAUAAAAAUUAGUGAGAUUUUGGCAUUCCAAGCCCCUACUGGCAUCAUUUUUGCAGUUCUUGAGGCUUGGAUAAUUGGAGAAUUUUCGAACAUUUCCUCAGUUGAGUCAAAGAAUGCAAUUGCUUGCUUUUUGUCCAUCCUGGGUUUUGCUUGAGUAAACUUCAUUUUAUACAUAUUCGUUCCUUAUUUUAUUUCAAUUGCUGGUGCAACUCUUAUGAACGUAGGAAACCUUACUGCUUCUGUAUACUCUAUGCUAUUUGAUAUAUUCUUAUUCAAUGGCCGCUUUAAAUGGUUUUAUUUGGUUGGAUUUAUUUUCCAAAUAAUUGCUAUUUUCAUGUUCAGCAUUAAAGAGCCAAUAUACAAGAAUAGGCAAAGAAGAGAUUGAAGCAUGGAAGAUGGGUCUCAUAUACUUAAUGAAGAAGAGACUGAAGUUGGUUGUGAUGAGAUAUAUCCUUCAAUAAACUAACUAAGCUCUUGGUUGCUUGAAUUUGUGCCAAAU